CUUCCACUGGAGGUCGGGCGCGAGUGAACAUGGCGGUUUAGUUAUCUCCUGGCGUCCGUCGGAGUAGGAAGGCCACCGUGAAAGCGCGCUUCGCUGUAUCGUGUUUUAUUUUCAGUUUUCCUUUGUUAUACUUUGUUUUUGUGCCCUUUGUCCGGGCUUCACCAUGGAGAUGAAGAAGAGGAUUAGCCUGGAGCUGAGGAACAGAAAUCCAGCCGAGGUUGCAGAGCUGGUGGUGGAUAACUGUCGCUCCAGUGAUGGGGAGGUGGAAGGUCUGACAGAUGAGUACUCGGAGCUAGAGAUCCUCAGCAUGGUGAACGUUGGCCUCAGCUCGCUUGCCAAGUUGCCUAAACUGCCCAAACUGCGCAAGCUGGAGGUCAGCGAUAACAACAUCGCAGGAGGUUUGGAGUCAUUGGCAGAGAAAUGUCCUGCUCUGUCCUAUCUGAACCUGAGCGGAAACAAAAUCAAAGAGCUCAGCUCCAUCAAGGCUCUGCAAAACCUGAAGACCCUGAAGAGUCUGGACCUGUACAGUUGUGAGGUGACCACGCUGGACGACUACAGAGAUAAUGUGUUCGAGUUGCUGCCGCAGCUCACAUACCUGGACGGAUAUGACGAGGAGGACAACGAGGUGCCCGACUCAGAGAACGAUGACGAUGAUGAAGCUGGUCCCCCUGGAGAUGAUGACGAUGAGGAUGAUGAGGAUGACGAUGAGGAAGGCUCUGAGGGGGAUGACGAUGAGGUCGGUCUGUCAUACCUGAUGAAGGAGGGAAUCCAGGAUGAAGAGGACGAUGGAGACUAUGUUGAAGAGGAUGACGAUGAUGAAGAGGAAGUGGAAGAUGGAGAUGAGGAUGGUGCUGCCGUUCGAGGAGAGAAGAGGAAGAGGGAUGCUGAGGACGAAGGUGACGAUGAUGAUGAUGAAUAGUUGAACCCCCUGAACACUGGUUACACCUGACCCCUCCCUCAUCCAAUGACCUCUGACCCCACCAGAGUGGCGGCCACCACAGGGACAGGACGCUGCCUUCAGGUUCAGGACUCAUAAUUGGAAAAUAUCCCCAUUAGCUCAGCCUGGUUUCACACAAACAUAGACAUUUCUGCUUCAUUUUAAACUUUUCCUCCACUUUUAUCUGGUUAAUGUUUUACAGUCGUGUGAUGAGACAUUAAACACUUUAUUUUUCAUGUGUGUAAAUGUUUUAAGUAAGCAGUAAAAUCCCAGUUUGGAACCAUGUAUACAAUGUAACUAAUCAAUGACUGUUACUACUUUCAAUCUUGGCGUUAAAGUUGUCACUGCUUAUCCUAAUGAACAUCAAAUUAAACUGAAUGUUUAUUAUGAUCAAAAGCCAGUUUUUCUCCAAUAUUGACCAUUUGAUUCUAAUACUCAGUUCUACACUGUAAAAAAAAAAAAAAAAAAAAUGAACGAUUGAUGGAAAAAUGUGCUUAAGUCACACAAAGUAGGGUGUUUUUAUCAAAUGAAUGAAUUCAUGUAAAAAAAAACUGAGAAGGCGUAAAUCGAAAUAAAAUAAAUGGCAAAACGAGGUUAAGGUAGAAUAAAAGUAGUUAAAUGUGGCUGAUUAUUGUGUUUUUUUCAUAUUUAAUAAAUUAAUGAAAGCUGUGAAAUAAAUGAGGUGGAGGAAAAGUAUAAAAUGUCAUUAAAGAAUCUGUUUAUGUUUAAUCACUGGAAACAUUAGACCAAACUUCAAAAUAGGUCAAAAUUAAAUGUAACCUGUUAUUUUAUUAUUGGUUGAUCUUUUUUUAUUGUUUAGUAGUUGUUUGUUAUAAAAUGAAUCGUAAAUUUUUUUUCUGCAGUUGAUCUAAUACUUAAAUCAAUAACUAAUCAUUGAUUGGUUUUUCAGCUGCAGCUUUAAGUGGUUCCGUUUGUUUUGUUUCUUCUACUGCGUUACCCAAGAGCCUCGGCAGCCCUCAUUUUAUUCUCUGUGACUGUUAGUGCGUCUGCGGUCAGGUGUAGCUCCGCCCCCUUCCCUGGCCCCGCCCUCUCACCUGUCGUCUGCGGCUCAGUCUCAUCCAUCUUUCUCUGUAAAUAGAAUGAUCUGGUGUCGUAGGUUUGUGUCAUGUCGUCGACGCUUCUUCUCUGGUUUAUUUUAUUUUUUUAUUCCUGUGUGAUGUCAUCAGAGUGUUUUUGAAUAAAACCAGCUGAAUUCUG